AUGCGCAAAAAACGAGACAAAAAUAUGGCGGCUUCGAUUGAAAGCUCCAAAUGUAGCGAGAGCAAUUUGAGGAAAAGACGUGGCGAAAAUCUCACUUCAGCGAAGCAGACAGUCGACAGCACUGAAUCAGAAAAUGACAUAUCUAAAUACGAUAAGAAAGAAAAGAUUACGUUGCAAACGGGGACUUACUGGCUUACUAGGAUUGUUCUUUUGCGAUCCAUUGCUUUCAUUUACUUUGUCGCCUUUGGUGUGGCUUACAACCAGAACAAGCAGCUGAUUGGUGAGAGAGGCCUCAUGCCCUGCAAAGAGUACCUGCGUAGCGUCAAGCGCUAUGUGGGCGGUAAGAUCGGUAUGGCAGCGCUGGCAUAUACCCCAUCUAUUCUCUGGUUCAUGGACUGGGAAGACAUGGAUGCCAACCUGGAUGCCAUUGCCCUGGUUGGAUUGGCACUGUCUGGUUUUGUUCUGCUAUCAGGGAGGGCCAACAUGAUCAUAAUGGCAGUCCUAUGGAUCCUUUAUCACUCUAUUGUGAGUGUUGGUCAGCUCUGGUAUUCCUUUGGCUGGGAGAGCCAGCUCUUAGAGACUGGGUUUCUGGGAAUCUUCCUGUGUCCAUUCUGGAGCCUGGCACAGAUGCCCCGACACUGUCCGCCAUCACAUAUCUCCAUCUGGACCUUCCGCUGGCUCAUAGUGCGAAUCAUGCUGGGUGCAGGUAUGAUCAAGAUCAGAGGAGACAGCUGUUGGCUAGAUCUGACCUGCAUGGACUAUCACUAUGAGACACAGCCUGUUCCUAGCCCCAUUUCCUACUACUUGCAUCACUCCCCAUGGUGGUUCCAUCGCUUCGAGACCCUCAGCAAUCACUUCAUCGAGCUCGUGGUGCCUUUCUUCACGUUCAUGGGCCGACGCAUGUGCAUGGUGAAUGGAACACUACAGAUCCUCUUCCAGGUUGCUUUGAUAAUCAGUGGCAAUCUGAGUUUCCUGAACUGGCUAACUAUAGUGCCUAGUUUAGCCUGUUUUGAUGACUUGGCACUGGCUUCUCUGUUCUGGCCCUCUGGAGGACCUUGGCAGACCUUAAUGAAGUUACAGAAAGAGAAGGCAGAAGGAACAAGCUCUCCAGCCACUAAAGGUAUGUUCAUAAGGCGUGUGGUGAACGUGGCUUUGGGAAUUUUGAUUGCAUAUCUGAGUGUUCCUGUGGUGAUCAACCUUCUAAGCCCUAGACAGGUGAUGAACACUUCGUUUGAUCCCCUCCGCAUUGUGAACACUUAUGGGGCUUUUGGCAGUAUCACUAAGGAGCGGACGGAGGUGGUGUUCCAGGGCACGUUGAGUGCUAACCACACUGAUGAGGGGGUGGUGUGGGAGGAGUAUGAGUUCCUGUGUAAGCCUGGAGCUGUGGACAGAAGACCCUGCCUCAUCACCCCUUACCACUACAGGCUAGACUGGCUCAUGUGGUUUGCAGCCUUCCAGACAUAUGAACAUAAUGAAUGGGUCAUACAGAUAGCAGGCAGACUGUUGGCCAACGACUCCACUGUGUUGUCUUUAAUGGCACACAAUCCAUUUCAGAGCAGAGAGAAACCUCGGUGGGUACGAGGUGAACACUUCAGGUAUAAGUUUACCAAGCCUGGCAGAGCCACUGCCGCACAGGGAAAGUGGUGGGUCAGGAAGCGCAUUGGACCUUACUUCCCACCGGUCAACUUGGAAGGCCUCAGGAGUUACUUUCGGUCCAGGAACUGGCAUCAACCGGACAGCUAUUGACCUGAUUCAUGGACUGAGACGUGACUACGCAACUUGGCCAACAGCUUUGCGUCCCUAUAUUGAAGAAUUUCACUGACAGCAGUGUGUCAGACUGGGCUUGAAUGACUUUGUGAAAUAAAGCUUCAAGUAUCUGUAUCAGCAGUUUUUAAGAACUUUGAGAAGGGACUUUUGAUUUCAACAGAUUAAUCUGAGCUAUAAUAGGCCUCUAAGGAAAUUUAAAGUCUAUAACACAGGUGAUAAUGACAAAAUUGCUGGAAUAGACUUGGUAAAUUCAAAUGAUACAUCCAACAUUUAUUUCCACAUUGGAUGUAUAUAAUUAAAUAAAAUUAUUACCACAGUGUUUUAUAUGAUAACAUCUUUAUCUUUUAUUACUAUAAUUAAACUGACAGGUUUAGGUUUUGAACAUGAAGACAAAUGCUAAUUAAAUGCUAAGAUGUUAUGAAGUGUGAUAAAUUGCUCAAUUCCUGCUGCAGUGCCUGUAACCAGUCAGACUCACUCUGAACAUCCAUUCUAGUUCUUAAUUUGUUCACCACUGUCCAGUCUGCGUUUGAUGAGUAGGAUUUUACUAAGAUUGUGCAGACCCAAAAGACCCUGAACCAGAUGAAUAAAAUGUCCCAUGUCUUAAA